AUGAGCCAGAGGGUCGAGCCCAAUGGAACCCGGGUGCCCAUGGAAGUGGUGCUGCUGAAGAAGGUGAGCUCGGGCUUCUCGGGCGUCAUCCGGCUCCUGGACUGGUUCGAGAGGCCCGACAGUUUCGUGCUGAUCCUGGAGCGGCCGGAGCCGGUGCAGGACCUCUUCGACUUCAUCACGGAGCGGGGGGCCCUGCAGGAGGAGCUGGCCCGCAGCUUCUUCUGGCAGGUGCUGGAGGCCGUGCGGCACUGCCACAGCUGCGGGGUGCUCCACCGCGACAUCAAGGACGAGAACAUCCUCAUCGACCUCCAUCGCGGCGAGCUGAAGCUCAUCGACUUCGGGUCGGGGGCGCUGCUCAAGGACACCGUUUACACGGACUUUGACGGGACCCGAGUGUAUAGUCCUCCAGAGUGGAUCCGCUACCAUCGCUACCACGGCAGGUCGGCCGCGGUCUGGUCCCUGGGGAUCCUGCUGUACGACAUGGUCUGUGGGGAUAUUCCUUUUGAGCACGACGAGGAGAUCGUCAGGGGCCAAGUGUUCUUCAGGCAGAGGGUCUCCUCAGAGUGUCAGCAUCUCAUUAGAUGGUGCUUAGCCCUGAGACCAUCCGAUCGGCCAUCCUUUGAAGAAAUCCAGAAUCAUCCGUGGAUGCAAGAUGUGCUCCUGCCCCAGGAAACUGCUGAGAUCCAUCUCCACAGCCUGUCGCCAGGGCCCAGCAAAUAGCAGCCUUUCCAGCAGGUCUUCCCCUCCUGGCAGAUGGUCCAGGGAGGGGAAGCUUUUGUACCAGUGACACUUCUCAC